CUAGUCACUAAUGCCACACGAUAAAUUAACAAGCGCACGAAGCGGCUAAAAUAAGUUAAAUCGAAAUAGGAGCGCAGCAAUUGCAAAUAUCCAGUCCUGAUUAGCAUAAACAUGGACAUGUCGGAGAUUAUAGAAUUCGUAAUGCCUGUAAAAUGCGAAUACACGGACCAAACGAAUGACGGCGGCGUUGGCGGUGGCGGGGAAGACGAUGAUUCGGUCAGCAACAAUCAGUAUGUAGUGCUGGAUGCUGUGGAUGUUGGACGCGAAUACAAAAGUGAGGAGUACUUUCUGGUCAACGAUGAUGGCGACGACGAGGGAGAGCUGCUCAUUAAAAAUGAACAAUUCCAUCAACAGCUGAUCGGUUGUCCUGAACUUUUAGACCAGACAACGAUGCGCUUGCCAAAGCAGGAGCUCGAUGAGCUGGACGGGGAGUUGGAGGAGGAGGAGGAGGAGGAGCAGCAGCUGGAGGAGGAAGUACAGUAUAUGAUGGAUGAGCCGCAUUCUGUAGAUCUCGAUGAUCUGGUGGAAGAGGCCAUCGAUGAUGACGAUGAUGGUGAGCAGGAGGAGACAGAGGACAAUGAAAUGGCAGAAGAGGAGGAGGAACAUUAUGAGCAAUAUGUUAACAAUCUAGUGCAACAGGAUCAUGACCAGCAGCAGGAGCAGGAACAGCAGCUAUAUUCCUGGAACUAUCUGCAGACAGCAACUGAAAUGGAAUCGGUGGCAAUCGAGCUGGAUGCCAGCAAGAAAUACAAUAAUAAUGCUAAAACAAAAGCUACAAUGCAAAGUCUGAAGCGCAACUAUGUGAUGCCUGAUGAUGAAGAUGACGCCAAUGAUGAUGAUGUCUAUGAAGAGAUUGAGAAUGAUGCAACAAUGGAACAACAGUCAGCUGGUCAGAUACAGAUCAGCGAGGAGCCGCCAGUGCCGUUGGCUCAGCCGAGUGAAAAGAUGUUGGACAUGUUCAAGGGACCACGACGUUAUAUGCUCUUCGAUGAGCUGAUUGCCACCAUUGUGGACUUCGAUGAGGACGGCACACCGAUUGUGGAGUUCUCCAUGAUUGGCAGCCUGCAGGAUGAGAAGCUGCCGGUCGAAUGUGGCAUCUGUCCGGAUGUUAUGCAUAAAUCGAAAUUGUCCAAGCAUCAAAAGACACAUCUGGUGCCGGGCAAGAAUCGCUAUGCGUGCAUCUAUUGCACCGAAACGUAUCGGGAUUGUAAAUAUCUGGCGGGACAUGCCCGUCGCCACAUGGGCAUCCGGCCGUAUGUCUGUGAGCCGUGCAAAUUGUACUUCUCCACCAAGCAGGAUUUGCGUGUGCACAAUCAGCGACGGCACCUGGAGAAGGAGCACAUCUGUGAGAUGUGCGGCAAGACAUUCGCACAGAAUACACAAUUGAAACGGCAUCGGGAGGCGACGCACGAGAAGAAGCGACGAUUUCAGUGUGAAUACUGCCAGAAGGCAUACUACAAGAACUUCUCGCUCCAGGAGCACAUCCGGAACGUGCACAUGGGCAAGCGACGCAUGUUGAAGUGUCCCUUCUGUGGGAUGCAGUGUCGGGAUGCCCACAAGAUGGCCCGACAUCGCAAGGAGAUGCAUUUGAAUCAGGACACAUAUGUGUGCCAUCUGUGCCAGGAGGAGUUCACCGAUAUCAACUAUUUUGAUGCCCACAAGCGUUCCAUACAGUGUCGCAGCAAUACGCGGCGUCUGGUCAACGAGGAUGAGUCACGGAUUAACAAUGAGGAUGGCAUAUUCAUCACGGAAGGCGAUGAAUUGGCCGAUAUGCUGGAAGAGGACUUCGAUGAGGAUGCUGGCCUGUUAAUUGAGUCGAAUUAUGUCAAUGGUGUGAUUGAUAAUGAUGUGGAUGAGGAGCAACUGCAGCAGCAGCAGGAGCAAGAGCAACAACAACAUCUGCAGCCAACAUCAUGUGAGGAAGCCACCAUCUAUGAGACGGUUAACAGCAAUUAUCUGCAUGAUGAUGCAGAGCUGGAGGAACAGCAACAACAACAACAACAGCAGUAUGAACAAAAUAACUAUGAAGAUGGUUUGCUAAUCGAGCAUAUAGCCGAGGAUGACAACGAGCAGCACACGGAGGAGCAGCUGCUCGAUGAUAACGAUGAUGAGCACUAUCUGGAGACACAACUGGAACAACAACAACAUGCCGAUUAUCAUCAGCAUCAUCAUCAGCAUACACAGCACAGGCAGCAGGAGUAUAACGAUCACGAGUUGAUUUAUGAAAUCACACUGGAGACUGAGGAUAACUGAGGAGCAGCGAUUGUAUCCCAAACCCUAACAAAUAAUUCCCCCUCCCCAACCCUAACCAUUAUCAAACAGGAAUUGUAAAUAAUAAAUAAAUAAAUAUAUAUAAAUUUAUGUACUUUAAAAA